AUGAUUGAAAGCCCGCCAACCCAAAUUGGAUUUCCCUCACGUAACGUUCAAGAAGCAGAUGAGGCACUCCUCGCAAGGAUUGGUUACAAGCAGGAGCUGAAGCGCGAGUUUUCUCCGUUUGAGAUAUUCGCAGUAUGUCUGAUGUCAAUGGGGCUGGUUCCAAGCAUAGCCUCGGUUCUCUUCAAUUCCAUCCCCAAUGGAGGACCCGUGGCGAUGAUAUGGGGCUGGAUAGCCGCCUUCCCUUUCAUCUUGUGCAUUGCCCUGGGUGUUGCUGAGCUCGCUUCGGCAAACCCAACAUCAGGUGGUCUAUACUACUGGACGCACGCGCUUUCUCCGCCAGGCUGCAAAAAUUUCAUGUCAUGGAUUGUUGGAUACGCAAAUACAAUUGCAAACAGCAUCGCCAUGGCCUCUGUCGACUGGGCGUUUUCGCUGCAACUCACGGCAGCUGUGAGCAUGGCUACGGACGGAGCGUUCGUUGCCACUCAGCCGCAGAACUUCGGUAUCUUCAUCGCGACUCUGCUGCUACAUGGCAUGGUAUGUACACUAUGCACAAAAGUGCUCGCUAGACUUCAAAACUUCUGUGUCCUUUUGGAAAUCUUUCUCUCCAUUGUUGUAAUUGCUGUGCUACCCGCUGUGACCCCUACCGAGUUGAAGAAUGUGCCUUCGUAUGCAUUUGGCGAAUGGACAAACUUGAGCGGUUGGCCCUCGGGGUUUGCGUUCUUCCUGAGCUUUCUCGCCCCUCUUUGGACAGUCUCCGGAUACGACUCCAGCGUUCACAUGAGUGAAGAGGCGUCGAACGCAGCAAUUGCAGUGCCAUGGGCAACGAUGGGCUCUGUUACCCUAGGAUUCAUCCUAGGCUUAGCAUUAAAUAUCUCCAUUGCAUUUUGCAUGGGCCCUGACCCCACCAAUAUCAUCGACUCGCCUCUCGGGCAGCCUAUGGCGCAGAUAUUCUACGCCUCUCUAGGCAAGAAUGCCGCGCUCGCACUUUGGUCGCUCGUAAUUGCCGUUCAGUUCUUUGUCGGUUCCAGCUACCUGCUCGUCGUCUCACGCCAGGUGUUCGCGUUCGCAAGGGACGGCGCACUGCCGUUUUCGCGCUACGUCUACAGUCUUGGAUACGGGCGCCGUACCCCGGUGUUCGCAGUGUGGAUGGUCGUCGUGUUCGCCAUGCUGACGGGCCUGCUGAGUUUUGCGGGCGCUCAGGCAAUAAACGCCGUGUUCGGGAUGGCUACUGCGGCGGGAUACGUGGCGUACAUUGGGCCUAUGUCUGCGAGAGUUUUGGCUGCGCGGAAAAGCGCCGACGAAACUUCGAGAUUCAGGCCUGGUCCGUUUCACUUAGGAUCAUGGAGUGUUCCAGUGUUGUCGGUCGCGCUGGCGUUCAUGGUCUUCAUGAUCAUCAUUUUUCUCUUCCCCGCUUCUCCCAACAUCAACGCUGGAGAAAUGAACUAUGCGGUCGUCGUCCUAGGAGGAACAUUCACACUCGUUGUGGUGGGUUAUUACUUCCCUGUAUACGGAGGCGUACAUUGGUUCCGAGGCCCAGUCUCUAAUAUCGGUGUUGAUGGCGAGGCUGACUCUGGUGGUAAUGUCGGAGACUUCAAAGAUAAAGGUUCAGAGACUUUUAGAACUGUAAAUGCCUAA